CGUUUUUUCCCUAAUCAAGACACUAGAAUUAAAACAAAAAACCAACAAACUAUGGUACCAAUAAUACAUACCCUUCAAAUAUUAUUUUUAGCACUUUUAUUCUUCACAUUUCUCCUUCACACUACAAUAUCAUUUUACACCCCUUUUGUCAAUAUACUAUACCAUCUCCUCACAACACACCUUCACUUUUUUCUAUUAUUUUCUCUAUGUACACUUGUUUCUCUUUUCUACUAUUAUCAUAUUCGUCCACAUAGGGUUUUCUUGUUAAACUAUUCAUGUUAUAAGCCACCACCACAUAGGAAAUUUUCUUAUGAAAUUCGUGAAUCAUUCUUUCUCAAGAAUGUGCAAUUAGUUCAAGAGUCCAUCGAUUUCAUGCAUAACAUUUGCCUUAAAUCCAGCUUAGGUGAGGAAACUUAUGGACCACCAUUCAUAUUUGAAGAUGAUAAGAACAACAAUAUACCUACACUAAAAAGUGCCAAUCAAGAAGCUCGAGAAGGGAUAUUUUUGUCUAUCGAUGACCUUCUAGCUAAAACCCUAAUUGACCCUCAAUCGGUCGACGUUCUCAUCGUUACAUGCGGGGGGUUUUCACCUUCCCCUUCGCUCUCUUCACUCGUUGUGAACCGUUAUAAUCUUAGACCGGACGUGAAAACAUACAAUUUGAGUGGAAUGGGAUGCAGCUCUGGGAUACUUUCCCUUGAUUUUGCAGCUAGGAUUUUGCGUGGGAGUCAAAAAGUCCAAAAUGCCCUUGUUGUGAUCAUAGAGAGCGUAACAUUGAAUUGGUACAAUGGUCAAAACCGUUCGAUGCUUGUUACGAAUUGUAUCUUUCGCGUUGGUUGUGCAGCUGCAAUUAUGAGUAAUAAUCCUAAACUUUACCAAGGGGCAAAGAUGGAACUUGUUCAUUCUCUUAGAACUCACCAUGGAGCGGAUGAUAGUUCUUAUAAAGCUGCAAUUCAGGAAGAAGAUGAUAAAGGUAUUACUGGGAUUUCACUUACCAAGGAUUUGAUAAGAGUGGCAGGGGUCAAUCUACGUCAACACGUCAAAAUUCUGGCACCACGUGUCCUCGCAUUAUCCCAAAUCACAAAUUAUGCUUAUUCAAUGAUCAUGUCUACAAUAUUACCCCAAAAGUUCAAGCCAGUGGUUCCUAAUUUUGCAACAGCUUUCGAACACAUAUGCAUUCACUCAGGUGGCAAGGCAGUGAUAGAGCAAAUUGGUCGAGUCCUAAAAUUUAGCGAUGAAGUGACGGAGCCAGCACGAAUGACAUUGAACAGAUUUGGUAACACGUCCAGUAGCUUAGUGUUUUAUGAGUUGGCUUAUUUUGAAGCUAAAAAGGGAAAGGUGAAAAAAGGGGAUAGGAUGUGGAUGCUUGCAUUUGGAACAGGUUUUAAGGUUGGGAGUUUGGUAUGGAAGUGGACUCAAGAUUCAACUCAAGAUUCUGAUAACCCUUGGAACGAUUGCAUACAUAAUUAUCCAUUGAGGACUUGGUGAUCAUUUAAAAAUUAAAAAUAAAUGAACUUACGGUGUAGAAAAGAGAGAACACCAUUAUAUUAUGGUUAAUUU